ACCUGUUGCCUGGGGAACGGAGCAGGCAGGGCCCCUCCCGGGGGAGAUGCAAGAGCCCUUGAGCUGAGACUGAGACAGAUCAGAUUCCCUAGGUUCUGGGGGUGGAGGGAAACAGAAACUAGGAGGGGGAGGGAAGGGUGAAGGGGCAGAGGAGACUGAAACUGGGGAGAGGGGAGCAGAGCUGCUAUGACAUGGAGGGACAAUUGCAGAAGGUAGGAGGGGAGGAGGCCCGCAGAGUGAAGAGGAAUGGAGAGGAAUCCGAGUUUCAGGUUGACAAGAGAAUCAAAGUAGGGGAAAUUUACGGGUCAGAGUUUAGAUUUGGGAUUAAAGUUAUUUAUGUGCCCCCUCCCUAAAUCAAGGGAUCCCAGGCUAAAAUCAGUGUCCCUGACCAUUUGUUCUUCCAUCAAUCUUUUUCUAUAUAGCUUUGCCUCUUGGUAGUCCGCUUACUACUCCUUUUCUUUCCUAUACUGGCACUGAAUCCCACCCCUCCAAUUCCCCCACUCCUCAGAUAGCCCUAGCACCCACACAACAGACCUCUGGGCACCCCCAGCUCCACCCUGCCACCCGCCUCCUCCUUGUUGCUGUGGUUCCCCCAAUCACCAGCUCCCAGACUCCCACUUCACUCCUCCCCUAGCUCUAGUCCUAUAACCACCCCCUGCCCUUGCCCUUCUAGCUCCAGUGAAAUUCUGGGGAGAAAGUCACCUAACCAAGGAGCACCCUCGAUUGGGAGCAGACCCAAGGGGAGAUUUAUCUGAUCCCCACCCUUACUCCCAAACACUACAGAGGACGAGUGUCAGAAAUAUCCCAAGACACAUCCAGAACAGAAACAUAGACUAAUUGAGAGAGCUAAGACCAAGCUCAGAAGCUAAAACCAACGGGUUGGACAGCUUCCUGGAAAGAGAAGAGGAGCAGCAGCAAUUAUAAAGACCUUUUUAUAUUGGACCUUUUUAGAGGGGGUGACCAGGAUCCUCCAGGUAGGGGAGAAAAGGUGGUUGGCCAGAUACAGGGACCAGCAAUCAAGUGUGAAGAAUCCAGGCCAAAUGGAAAUGUUACUUAAACUCUAGAAGAAAAAGAGCAGCAAAAACUGAGAAGGGAUCGGACCAAGGUCUGUCAGUGGGGAAGGAAGUAGCGCAGUCUCGGACAAGGGGAUCAUUGAUGUAAGUGAGCCCUCUAUCCUUUUCCUAUUGGGUACUAAGAGCCUAGAUUGCACUGGAAGCUUUCUGAUCCCUUCAACCAAGGGCCAUAAAGAUUGAGAAGACCCUGAGGGAAGAUGGCUUCAGCUGGGCUGGAACUCCUGGGCCUGACUCUAGUGGUGUUGGGCUGGCUGGGGACCCUAGUAUCCUGUGCCCUGCCCCUGUGGAAGGUCACAGCCUUCAUUGGCAACAGCAUCGUGGUGGCUCAGGUGGUGUGGGAAGGCCUGUGGAUGUCCUGUGUGGUCCAGAGCACCGGCCAGAUGCAAUGCAAAGUGUAUGACUCCCUCUUGGCCUUGCCCCAGGACCUACAGGCAGCUCGGGCCCUCUCUGUCAUUGCUCUCAUGCUUGCUUUGCUGGGUCUGCUGGUGGCUAUCACUGGAGCCCAGUGUACCACAUGUGUGGAAGAUGAGGUGGCCAAGGCAAGGAUUGUGCUGACCUCAGGCAUCAUCUUCCUCAUCUCUGGGAUCCUGGUCCUGAUCCCUGUGUGCUGGACAGCCCAUGCCAUCAUCCAGGACUUCUACAAUCCUCUGGUGGCUGAAGCUUUGAAGCGGGAGUUGGGGGCUUCACUUUACCUGGGCUGGGCAGCUGCUGCCCUUCUGAUGCUAGGGGGAGGACUGCUAUGCUGCACCUGUCCGCCACCUCAGCCUGACCGGCCCAGAGGACCCCAGCUGGGAUACUCUGCUGCAUCCAGGUCAGGGGCCUCUGGCCUGGACAAACGGGAUUAUGUGUGAGAAAGAAUGACUACCAAUAGUCUUGAUUGCAAUCCCAGCCAGGAUUCUCGAGUCACUCCAGGGCAUCUAACCCUAUUCAUUGGCCAGAAUUGGUUCCAGGGUUGGACUUGGCUUAUCCUAACUUUAGCUCUAAACCUAAGCCAAUUGGCCAUUUCCAAUCUUAAAAACAUUUCCCUCACAUUUCAUUCACCCUAAAGAAAUCUCAUGUCUUUAUAUAUAUAUAUAUAUAUAUUCAUACCCUAUUUGUAAAUCUACCCUGCUUCACUGUAAUAUCAUUGUAUUUCUUCCAAUGUUGGUUUUUCAUCUGGUAUUUUCUUAUGUGCAAACCCUCCGUCACACUAGCAAAUUCAAAAGAUCAGCCAUCUCAGAUGUUUGGGUGCCAUCUACCUGGGAAUGGGCCUAACAAAGACUUCUUUGUUUCCUUAGCCCAUUAGGUUCAGAUCUACUCCCCACCUCCAAGACUGCCCUCCUUCCCAGAAAUCAACAGGAACUAAUGAAAUGUUAUCCAAAUGUUCCUAAACCCUUGCCUUUUCACUCCAAACCUCAUUAGACAUUCUAAAGUAAGCCCCAAACCCAUGAUUGAUUGGACUUAGUCCUGCCUUUCUUUAAAAAAAAAUCAUACCUGUCUUAGAAACAAUACUAUGUAUUUUUUGGUUCUAAGAAUAGUAAGAACUAUGCAAUGGGGACUAAGUGACUUAUCCAGGGUCACACAGGAAGUAAGGUCAUAUUUGAAUCCAAGACCACUGUCUAUAAGCUUGGUUCUCAAUUUCCUGAGCUACCUAGCUUUCCCUUCUGCUUGUUUCAAUUACCUGCCCCUUUAUGAUCCUUUGGAACUUUUUGUGACUUCAAAUUUGUGAUCCCCACAACAUCUUGAGAUAGUUACUGCAAGUAUUAUUUCCCUGUUUUUAUUGAGAAAACAAACCCAGAGGGGUUAAGUGACUUACUACUAGAUGCCACCUAGGCUGGGAUUUCCAAAUCUUCUGCCUUCUUUUGGUCCACCAAUUUUACUCCUACCCCACUCUUUGGAGUCAGGUUUAAUAGUGAUUCUCUCACUAGCUCCCCAGCCCCAUAACCCUGGUUCCCACUUCUACCUUCCAGAUCCACCUUUUAGGCAAAGAAUAAGAUCUUUGCACUAGGACUUCAAUCUCCCUGCCAGAGCUGGGAGCCCAGCUCUCUGGUCACCUAGUUAUCUGAAUCCAGUAGUAUCAGCCUCCAACUCUACCUACAAACCAACUCUACCUACAAAGAGGAAUAAAGGAAGUGUUUUG